AUGACAGACAACGUCCUCAAUUCAAGUGCUGGAGCUGCCUCUCAGGCUGCAACAAUUCGCGCGGAAUUGAAAACCUGGGAGAAAGAGUUUGCGUCGACCCACAGCGGCCAAAAAGCCGGUCGCGAAGACAUCAAACAAAACCCUGAGAUAGCUGCCAAGUACAAAGAGUAUGGUCGGCUAAAAGCUCUUGAAUCCUCCCUCAAGCGACGCGAAAAUCGAGGUCCAGCGCCCGACGAUACUCACUCCAAGAAACGAAAAUAUGACUCUUCUACUGUUUCAGAGCAGCCCCAACCCGACGUGACUCCACGAAAAGCGUCCAGGGGUCCCUUUGCGACACCAUCCAACCGCCGUACUCGAGAUCCCCAUCCCUCAGAUAUCGACCCAUAUGGCUCGCCUUCUACGUUUCGAAAGUUGUUCAGUCCCAGCACCCAUCGGCAAGAUGUACCUCUUCAGUCACCUCUGAAGACUGCGAUCGGACCCACGCCUCAGCGCGAUGGGAAGGCUCUCGGGCUCUUUGAUAUCUUGUCCGAGUCGGGUGGCAGUCGCACGACCCCUUCAGCAAGGAAGCAGAAAAAUGUGCCGGCACCAGAAUUCCAAACCCCAUCUAAACCCAAGAGAUUCGAUCCCAUCGUGGAGGCCCCAGAGGAAGAGGAAGAGGAGAAUGCGAGACUCUCGCGAACACCAGCAUCUUCCACCAAGCAGUUCUACCUAGCUAACCUGUUCGCGACCCCCACAACCAUGCGGUACGCGGCCAUGGUAGAAGCGGAUGAUCAAAAGGCAACAACCCAGAACGCAUCUCAAAUAGCAUACCCUGCAGGAUCACCAGAGCCCAAUCCAUCAGAGACACCUUCCUUCCUGCGCCGCUCAAACUCGGGACGAUAUCCUGCACCAAGUGCAACCAACGAGAGCUCCGGGCUUAGCCCCAUUGCUUCUCGAAAGCCUAUUCAAUUCGCUGGGAGAGGUCUCUCCCAUUUGGUGCAAGGACUUCGUUUCAUGGAAGAGGAACGUGAGGAUGACGAGUGGGAUAUUCUUCAGGAGAUUGAGGCCGAACAAGAAGCAGCUAUGUUCCAAGCCCCCGAGACCCAGUCAGCAGCCCAGGAUUCUCAACCCUAUAAAAAGAAGGGCCAGAAGCGAACUACACGCAGGAUGAAUAUGCGGCCAGUCAUAUCUCGGCCGAAGCCUCAGCCGGAUCUCAAUGCCGUCCCCGAUGAAAGUGAUUCAGAAAGUGAUGAUAAGCCGGCGACUGUUCCAGAAACACAGCUUCCCACUGGCUCAGAGAUAAUAGACGAAUCGGAGACCAAGGAGAAUGGCGCUACUUAUGGUAGUGCUCCUUUGCACAGCAUCGCGGACCCAGAGCUAGGAUCAGAUGGUGAGACUGAUAUUGACUCAGAUGGCGAUCCAGAGUAUGGUGAGAAAUCCAAGCCUUUACCACGGGCCAAGAGCUUCUCAGAACGAAUCAAGGAAGCUGUGUCGAUAGUCCGGCUGAAGCCCAAGGAAGUUUCAGUCAAAGCUCCUCAGUCUGCCCCAGAAGAACAGAAGAAACCUGGGCGGAAAAUCAGUGCCCAAGCUCAUGCCAACUAUCGCAGCCUGAAGAUCAACAACAGAGGCUCUCGUGGCCGUGGUCGCUUCCGUCGAAGAUAG